CUAAUUUACCAGACCAUGUUGUGGAAGAUUUACCCGAGGGAAUCACUACUGGUAUAUAUUAUGGAUGGGCAAAAGUUGAUAGUGGCCCUACCUACAAGAUGGUAAUGAGUAUUGGUUGGAAUCCUUACUAUAACAACAAGAAAAAAUCAAUGGAGUCAUAUCUUUUCCAGGAAACACACAUCUUGCAUACCUUUGAAGAAGACUUUUAUGGAUCUCAGCUAAGGGUGGUGAUGCUUGGUUAUAUUAGACCAGAGAAAAAUUUCAGUUCCUUAGAUUCUUUAAUAGAUGCCAUCAAAAGUGACAUUGCAGAAGCUGAUAAGAAACUGUCACUUCCAGAAAGCCAGACUUACAAAGAACACUCGUUUUUUUUAGGAGAAUCAUCUCCCAAGCAGGGUGAUAAUGUGGUAGCCAGCCUGCACGUAAAGGUGAUGGGAGCGCUGCCCUCUCGAGCAGUGUCAGUCUAGCUGUAGGAGGGAGAAGGUAUGUUUUGAAAUUCGUCAAAGCUUAAUCAUCAAUAUGUACUAUUAGUGAUAGUGAUCAAAUUAGUGAAGAUACUGAUGAUAUGUAGUGUAAUGCAGAAUAAUCAACUGCAGUACUAAGUGGGAAAAAAAUUAUAACCACAUUAAUGUCAAUGAGCAAAAUUCAAAUUUAGCUUUCGGCAGAGGUUCUGCUGCCUUCCUCAACGGGAAGAGAGAGGAGAGACAAAGGGGAGAGAGAGAGCGAGAGAAAGUGUGUGUGUGUGUACGCUUAUGCAGUUAAUAUCAAGGAAUUAAAAAAAAUAUGCGAUAAACAGCACCCCUAUGAAUGAUAGCCACGAACUAUUUAUUCCCCUUAUAAUUAUGAUGAUUCGGGUUAAGGCAAUUAUCGGCUUACAACGCCCUGCCGGGAAUGGAACCACCACGGUAACCAUGGGACUACCUGUAAAGGUAAACAACAAACGGUUGUUACAAUCUCCCUAGCACACUUGGUCAAAAGGGGCCCCUUAAUACUUUCCCCCUCUGGUAUUUCCUGGUAAACAGCAGAGUAUAGUCUCUCUCUCUCUCUCUGUCAUGAAAAUAACCCACCUUUGUUUUUACUUGCACAUUUCUGUUACUGUUAAAUGUCAAUAUAGUAUUUAUUAAUGUGCAUUAAUAUAUGAUGUACUAGUUCUGUUUGUUAUUUGGAGUCUUCAGUAUACCUUUCUUUGAUCAAGUAUAAUUUGUUUGUGAUGAGAGAAACUUUCUAUUGUUCUGCCAAGAUUCAAGGUUAUUAUGACCCCAGACACCUGGAAAACAGCUAAAUCUCUAGGGACUCCUACUUAAAGCCGACCAAGUCACUGGUGACUCACAACCCAUACAGACAGAUUUUAACGGCCAAAUGGGAUUAAGCUGUAAGGAACAGAAGUAUACAGCAGUCUUUUCCAACUUUUACAGGCUUGGUAUCUAAUCGUUUUUACUCAACACUAUGUACAUAUUUAAACAACAUUAUCCUUAUGCCUCCAAAUUACAUUCAAGGGAUAAGUUUGUGUGUUUGUAUGGCGUUUUUACGUUGCAUGGAACCAGUGGUUAUUCAGCAACGGGUUCAAGGCAUAAGGAACGAUUGGAGAUGAAUCAGGAGGCAAAUUGGCAAAAGGUUGUUUUGAUACAAUAAUAGGGAUCUCCCUGGGCAUUUGGUUUCAAUUUCCACAUCCAAAGUUUAGGGAAGAAAUUAAGUUCUUGGGCAUACAAAGCUGCCUUUACUUUUAUUAUUUGAUUAGCAUACAUUUGGGAUAGAAGAUUUUCAAUAUUUUUAUAUACUCUAUGAACUUCUCAAACACUAAGACACCAAAAACACUAAGACACCA